AGGGAAAUGUCUAAACAUGAAGGCAUCACCAAUAUAUUAUAUGAUGCUAUCACAUCUCGCCAUGUUAUUCAUCCAUCCUUUGGUAGCGCAGAGUUCUUCGAAUUUUCAUUUAAAAAUCCAUACAAUCAAGAACAAAAUAUUAUUAUUAAAUGUGAUGAUCCCGAUUUAAGGAUUUUAACUAGUUCGAGAGAAUGGCGACAUUAUAAGAAGCUCCAUGAAGUUCAUACACCAUUAGAAGAAAACAUGUUCAAUCAAGAUAGUCAAGGGCAACAUCCAGAAAUAUUUAUGAAGCCAUCAGAAGUGGUCAAUAUUCCUUUUAAGUUUCAAAGUUUUCGGGCUGACCAUUUAGCACGUGAUCAGGUUAAGCUUAGUAUAGUUGUAGAAUUUAAACAGCAAUUAGGCAAAAUUACGUGCAUACAACCACGUACAAUUAAGGUCAGUUUUGUUACGAAAUCGAACGAGAAUCCGGUAGCUAUCUUAGCCUUACAUGUGGAACCUCAGCCGCACAUUAUUGAUCAAACAUUUCGAUUUUAUCAUCCUGAAAAUUCUUUCUUUAAACGUUCUAUUCGUUUACCACCAUGGCGUUCUAAUACAGGUGGUUCUUUUAUGACUGAUGUCGAUGAUCAAAAGCAAUUAUAUGUCAAGUGCAGCGAUCCAAAUGUUGUUUGUGACAGUAAACCUACAUUUCCCGGAGAGCCACAAGACAUUUUUCUGAAAGUAGCAUGCAGUCAGUCACCAAGUGUUAAGCGAUUCUAUCUGCUUUUAUUCUCGGAUAAUUAUUUAUCGAGACCGAUACAGACAUGGCAAUUCUUCAUCCACGCGCAGCAAAGGGUCGAUAUUUGUGCAACAGAAGGGCAGACAUUAAAGCAGUCGUUGAUAUUACGAGGGACUCCGGUGUCAAGAUUAAUUCAAUGUUAUUCUUCUCAUCCGGCAGAAUUAAUGAUCGCUCCAACGAAUGAAUUUAUGUUGAUGGCCAAUUCAGUCCACGAAUUAAUAGUAACAGUAAUACCGAAAUCAUCAGGUCAAAGAAUUAUGUAUAUUAACGUCGUUGAUACGGAGUAUCAUCAACUUGUCCACUCUUGGCUGGUUUGCGUAGCCGUUAAAUUACCAAUAAUUUCUAAAGCGUUUGAGAUUAAUAUCGUUGCUGGUAAAAGCUCCAAUAAGAGAAUAUCUUUUACAAAUCCUUAUCCGAUGCGAAAGAGAUUUCGUUUAAAAUGCAAUCGUGAAGAUUUGUUACAAUUUCGCGAAGGCCUCAUUGAGGUUGAAGGUGGCGGAUCACACAUGAUUGGGUUAAAAUUCUUGCCUAGCGAUGAUCGAAAUAUUGUGGAAAUCUUUAUUUUUAUUAACGAUGAAGAUGAUAAGAAUGAAGAAACAUUUUGCGUUAAAGUUAAAUAUAUGUAA